AUGCCACAGCCAUGUCACUUCAAUAUAUCCAAAGAUGACUUGGCAACUUUCCGUGCUGCGCUGGAAGCUGCUGCCUCUAGCCAGCUGUCUUUGUGGACCUCGUGGGAAACAUGCUGGGUCACGGUGUCUGAGUGCUUGGAUCAAGCAGAAGCUCGUGCCUAUGAGGCUGGGGAUGUGGCGGCUGCCAAGCAAGUGCUUCGUCUCAAUAAGCUUAUUCAGACGUGCUUGCAACCGAACUGGCAACUUGUGUCUGAGGAGCCGACUCCUGAAAAGACCAUCUUAUGCAGCAUGUAUGACUGGACGGAUCAGUGGUCCAGGUACAAGCAUAGUUUGGGAUAUUUCCAUAUGGAGCAAUUCUCCGAUGUUGCCGGUGAUUUAAAGCGUUUGCAGGAGAAUCUCACGCUGCUGCCUGCGUCAAGCUGGGCCCACGAGGCUGAGAAGCAGGUGUCGCUGCUGUUGGUAGAUUGCUGGGCCUUGCGGCCUCUUCUUUAUCUCCCGUUGUGUCAGAUCAGUCCCCUUUGUCUCAUGGCGGCUGCUCCUGCGGAGGAAGCGUGCAAGCACCGCUGCAUUCUGUGCAACUUGACCCACGAGGUCGAAAGUGGCAGAGUGCACGGUCGAAAGUUUACGUGCACUCCGUGCGCCAGCGCAGACCGACUUCUACGUCGGGGCCUUGGCUCAAAGGACGAGCUGCAAAACCUCAGUGUGGAGGAACAACACAGCUUUUUCCAGAAGUUGGCUGUGGAAAAGGCCAACGCGAAGGACUCCAGAAUCGACUGGAAAACUGUGCGAGCGUGUCUCGUGACCUCCUUGACAACUCGACAAAUGACGGAAAAUGCAACGGCUGUGGAUACCCAAUUCCUUCCGCUGGAUGUUUGGCUGAAGCAAGGUUGGCCGGAACAGACCGUGCGGAAUUGUCCCAAGGAGUGGAAUGAACAGUACGGAUGUGACACAUAUCAGGUCCCCGUGAAGAGCAUGACUUGGAAGCAGACGUACCAAGCUGUGGAAGAGAGAAUUCUCCGUCAGGAGAAGGAGGCCACUGCCAAGCGCAUGGCACGACCCCGUGGGCCGAAGGAAGCUGAGCCGGAAGCGGCUUUGGAUCUGCCGGCUCCCGAGGCUGCCAAGAAAGGAGAUGCUUCGGCGGCCGCAGAGAAAAAGGCUGCCAGAGCUGAAGCUGCGCAAGAAAAGAAAAAUCAAGCUUCGAAUCAGAAGAUGCAGCUGCUGGCUGCGAAAGCUGUCGCACCUCUGGCUCAGGAUCUCCAGAGCCUGACCAAGCUACGUGCUCGUGUUCCUGCUGAUUUACCAGAACCGAUCCAAGCGGUCUACGAGGACAAUGUGGGAAAGUUGCAGCGUUGGAGCCAAGCUGCCAAGGGCCUUCUCAAAGACUGGGAAGAGGAAGCAGCCCAGACCGGUAAAGUGGCUUUGACCGCUCCGCCGUUUGACAUGGCUGAUGUGAAGUGUCUCCACAAGACUGUGGUGGAGGUGCAAGCCAAUUUGCGUCAACACUUGCCGGUGCCUAAAGCCAAGGCGGCCGGUAAGCGCAAGGCGGCAGAGGCAGGAGCAGAGGCCACGGACACGGCAGCUGCGGAGGGGGCCGAAGCAAAUCCACCUGCUCGCCGUGUGCGCAGCAAGGGAGGAAACAAGUGA